CCUCCCGUCUCUGAAUUGACAGAGGUCAGGUCAACACCAUUGGCUCAACGCACAUAUAAGGCUAUUCGCGGCAUGUGUUUGUGAUUGUAGAUUUUACGAGGCCAGAAUGCGGUCCGUAAUUACACGCAAUGCCCGUCAUGGGCUGAUCAGUGGCUUGAGACUGAGGUCUGCACAACCUUUAUGGAUCUCAUGUCAGAGCCGCCGGAACUUUGUGGCAACAGCCGAGAGAAAAGAUGAGGAUCGUAAAUGGUCAACACCGUUGGCGAAGCAGUUAACAGAAGCGAUAAAUACGACCGGGCCUGUGCCCCUUGCAAGCUUUAUGCGCAUGUGCUUGACGUCUGAUACCGGUGGCUACUACACUGGGGCACUGCAAGAAGGUCGAGACCAGUUCGGCAAAAAGGGCGACUUCAUCACAUCUCCAGAGAUUUCUCAGACUUUCGGGGAACUCAUUGGUAUCUGGUUUGUUGCAGAGUGGAUAUCUCAAGGUCGACCAAAGAAGGGCGUUGAGCUCAUGGAAGUCGGCCCUGGCCGAGGCACUCUGAUGGAUGAUAUGCUCCGUACCAUCAGAAACUUCCCAGACAUGGUAUCAAGUAUCGAUGCCAUCUACAUGGUGGAAGCUAGUCCAGAACUGCGGGUGGCGCAAAAGAACCUCCUCUGUGGCCAGGACGCUCAGAUGACGGAAGACAAAGUCGGAUAUCACAGCACAAGCAAGUACUCGGGUCUGCCUAUAGUCUGGACGGAGACUAUCCAGGCUGUGCCUCGAGACGCCAGUAAGACACCACUUAUAGUGGCCCACGAGUUCUUCGAUGCUCUCCCUAUCCAUGCUUUCCAAGUUGUGGAUAUACCACAUUCAGAGAAGAAGCAACCGUCCCUCUCGUCAGCACAGCCUAGAGCUACCACUGAUGCUAAAUCAAAGAAGCAAUGGCGUGAGAUGGUGGUCGCGCCAGCGCCGCUGGGAUCUACACACGACAGUCUCGGAACGCCCAAGUCCGAACGGCACGAUGGACCGGUUCCUGAGUUUCAACUCACCCUUUCGCCAUCCGCCACACGUCACUCCAUGUACGUGCCCGAGACAUCAGCACGAUAUCGAGCACUCAAGUCCACUCCCGAUGCACUUAUUGAGGUUUGUCCGGACUCAUAUCUUUAUGCUGCCGAAUUCGCCUCACGCAUUGGUGGAUCUAAGCAAUAUCCCAAAGAGCGACCUUCUGGCGCUGCACUUAUCCUGGACUAUGGCCCAAGUGACACAAUACCUGUGAACUCUCUUCGUGGUAUCAAAGCCCAUAAGCGUGUUAGCCCCUUCAGUGAACCAGGACAAGUGGACCUCAGCGCAGACGUUGAUUUCAUGGCUAUUGCAGAGGCGUCAAUGAUGGCGAGCGAGGGAAUCGAGGUUCAUGGCCCUAUAACGCAAGCAGACUUUCUAGAGACGAUGGGCAUACGACACCGUGCAGAGCAUCUUGCUAGAAAGGUCACAGACGAAACAAAGAAGCAGGAGAUAGAGAAAUCCUGGAGGCGACUCGUUGACAAAGGCCCAGGAGGUAUGGGAAAGCUAUACAAAGCGUUGGCAAUCUUACCGGAGAAUGACGGAAGAAGGAGGCCCACCGGUUUUGGUGGUGAUGUAGGAGCUUGACGCCCUUCUCUACUUGUACAUAUCGGCAUUGCGGUUGGCAGAAUGGCCUUGUAUUAUAAGUCAUCACUGUAGAGUAUUGUAUAGCCAUAGAAAAUUUAGGCCUUAUUGUGCUUCUA